AUGAAGCUGCAUGUGGCCUUGCUCGUUUUCACCGCGCUGGUGUGCGCGGCCUCGCUCGGCUUGAUACACAGGCGGAGAAGGGAGACGGAGAACGCGCAGAAACGGGUGAAAUUCCAGGACAUCAAACUUCGCGUCACGCAGGAGGUGGUGGAAGACUACCGGGCGGAGUUCACGAAGUUUCAGGGGGUGGUGGACCGGGUCAAGAAAGAGGUGAAGGAGCUGGAGCCCGACGUCGGCAAGCUGGAGGCCACAGCGACGGAGAAGAAGGCUUCGGCGGACGCCUGCCAGGGAGAGAAGAAACACCUCGCAGAUGAGCUGGCCUCGUUGGAGUCCGAGGCGAGUAGUCUCAAAGAUGACUUUACCAAGCAAAAGACCAGCUGGGAGACGGAGGUGACGACUCUCAGACAGGAGAUGGGAAAAAGGAGCAAAAUCUGUGACUUUGUGAAGGAUUCGCCAGAAGCCAGGAAGCUGUGCGGUGACGACGUGAAUAAAGACGCACCCCACGCCAAAGAAGCUAAGGCAGAAGAGCCUAAAAAAGAGGAGCCCAAGGCAGGAGAGCCUAAAAAAGAGGAGCCCAAGGUAGAAGAGCCUAAAAAAGAGGAGCCCAAGGCAGAAGAGCCUAAGAAAGGGGAGCCCAAGGUAGAAGAGCCUAAAAAAGAGGAGCCCAAGGCAGAAGAGCCUAAAAAAGAGGAGCCCAAGGCAGAAGAGCCUAAAAAAGAGGAGCCCAAGGCAGAAGAGCCUAAAAAAGAAGAGCCCAAGGUAGAAGAGCCUAAAAAAGAGGAGCCCAAGGCAGAAGAGCCUAAGAAAGGGGAGCCCAAGGCAGAUGGCCCUAAAAGGAGAUGAAGUAUUGUAAGCUUAUUGUUAAAUGUAAAAAAAACACGAGGGAUGAGGGACUCGUGAUUACAAGUAGGAGUGCAACCAAGCACAUCUGAUCAGAUUCAAACAAGGGAGGUGUACUUUAAAGGGACACUCCGGUGUUUUUUAAACCUAAGCCCUAUUUCCCUAUGGUUAGGAGUCAAAACCGAGCGAUGGGCCGCAGGCUCUAUUAAGCUGGUUUAUGCUGACCGCUGCACACCAAGCGGCAACGUAAUCCUUCAGGGCAACGGCACCCGCGUGUCUGGAAACCACCUUGCAUUAUGAAAAGACAAUCCCAGCAGUUAGUCAGCACCGUGAUAAGACCUUUUUAUUACUUUUAUUCUUGUUUUUUGCAUUUCUUCUAGUUCUCCCUCUCGCUUCCCCUGUUGUCUUCCUGCAACAAGUCGCUCCUUUAACCCCCGAAAUGGAUUUAGAAAUGGAUUGAUAGAUGUAUAUUCCCACGAUUGCUCUCAUGGCAGAAGCUCGUCAGACUCCUCUCGUAACUGCCCGAGUCUGUCGGAGCGCUUUUCCGUGGAUGUUAUUUGGCAAAUGCGAUUGACCCGAAGCAUCACGUUCCACUUUGGUAGUCAAAGUACCUUUAUUGUCCCUUACAGGGAAAUUAGUUUGCAGCCAGUAUAAUAAAACUCUCACACAAAGACAAAACAUUCAAACGCCAAGGCAGAAUUGA